AGUGUAAGAGCAGACAAUAAAAAAACAGGCUGAUGGAAGACUAGACAGAAUGGAAUACUUACGUUUACGAUGCGACCAGAGCACCGUUGCGUCGGCGGCGGAUGCGAGGAUAACCUAAAAACGGCCAUUUCCAGUCCAAAUUCACCGAAUCCCCGAGCGAGUCUCUUGCGGUUUACUUCGCACUGUACGGUACUACAACUCAAGCUGAUGCCGGACAGUGUCACGCAGGAGAGUGACAGUGUUGAUUUUGAAGAGCCCUCUCUUUUUCUAUAACAAAGCUGUGAUUAUAAAUAUUUCCAACAUGAAUAUCACUUCCGCAGCUGGUAUAAUAUCCUUGCUGGAUGAGCCGAUGCCAGAGCUGAAGGUCUUCGCCCUCAAAAAAUUGGAUAUGAUAGUUGAUGAAUUCUGGCCAGAAAUUUCGGAAGCAAUUACGAAAAUUGAAAUUCUCCAUGAGGAUAGAAACUUCAACCAUCAUGAACUUGCUGCUUUAGUGGCCAGCAAAGUCUAUUAUCACCUUGGAAGUUUUGAAGACUCGUUAACUUACGCUCUGGGUGCUGGGGAACUUUUUGAUGUCAAUGCUCGUAAUGAAUAUGUUGAUACAACUAUUGCAAAAUGCAUUGAUUUUUAUACUCAGCAACGAGUUCUUGAGGUUGAAAAAAAGUUACCCGCUAACCAUAAGGGAAUUGAUCCCAGAUUAGAGGGUAUUGUCAACCGAAUGUUUCAAAGAUGCUUAGAUGACAAUCAAUAUCGGCAAGCUUUGGGACUUGCUCUUGAAACUCGAAGAAUGGAUAUUUUUGAAGCAGCCAUUAUGCAAUCGGAUGAUGUCAGUGGCAUGCUAUCCUAUGCUUUCCAAGUUGUCAUGAGCCUCAUACAAAAUCGAGGAUUCAGAAAUACUGUACUUCGCUGUUUAGUUGGCUUAUAUAAAAAUUUAACUACUCCAGAUUAUGUCAGUAUGUGCCAAUGUCUUAUAUUUUUGGAUGACGCCUUAGCUGUAGCUGAACUUUUAGAUAGACUUAGUAAAGGUUCUCAAGACUGCACUCUUAUGGCUUAUCAAAUUGCAUUUGAUCUGUACGAGUCGGCGACGCAACAAUUUCUUGGCCGUGUAUUACAAGCUUUAAGAGCUACAGCACCUAUUCCAGGAGCCCUUAUGGUGAAGGCUAUUGUUAAGCCAACAUCCACACCAAUCACCUCUCAAGAAAAUGUGGAAGUACCAGUGGAGGCAGCAGACAACAGUACAACUGAUUCCAAAAAAGUUGAGAAAAAAGAAGAACGUAGUGUUGAAAGCUUGAAUGCUGAAGAGCGUGAGCAGCAAAAUCGCGUAGAUGCUUUAUCGAAAAUUCUGGGAGGCGAAAUUUCUAUUGAUUUGCAUUUACAAUUUUUGAUUCGCAGUAAUCAUACCGACAUGCUUAUUUUAAAAAAUACAAAAGAUGCUAUCAGAGUAUCGAUAUGCCACACAGCUACUGUCAUUGCUAAUGCAUUCAUGCAUUCAGGUACCACUAGUGAUCAGUUCUUGAGAGACAACUUGGAAUGGCUAGCUCGGGCUACAAAUUGGGCCAAGCUAACAGCUACUGCUUCUCUUGGUGUAAUUCAUAGAGGUCACGAACAAGAAGCUUUGGCCCUAAUGCAGUCAUACUUACCCAGAGAUACUGGAGCAGGUGCAGGAUACUCAGAAGGUGGCGGUUUAUAUGCCUUAGGUCUUAUUCACGCUAAUCACGGAGCAGCUAUUACUGAUUAUUUGUUAGGCCAACUAAAGGACGCACAAAAUGAGAUGGUCAGACAUGGAGGUUGCCUUGGUUUAGGUUUAGCUGCUAUGGGUUCUCAUAGGCAAGACGUCUACGAACAAUUGAAAUUCAAUCUCUAUCAAGACGAUGCAGUAACUGGAGAAGCUGCUGGCAUAGCUAUGGGAAUGGUGAUGUUGGGUUCAAAGCAGAGCCAAGCAAUUGAAGACAUGGUUGCGUAUGCUCAAGAAACGCAGCACGAAAAGAUUUUACGAGGUUUAGCUGUAGGAAUAGCUUUCACGAUGUACGGCCGACUUGAGGAAGCAGAUCCUCUCGUAAGUUCGCUCAGUGCUGACAAGGAUCCCAUACUUCGUAGAAGUGGAAUGUAUACAUUGGCGAUGGCUUAUUGCGGUACUGGAAAUAAUCAAGCUAUUCGGAAACUUCUACACGUUGCUGUAUCAGAUGUGAACGAUGACGUAAGACGUGCAGCUGUCACUGGUCUUGGAUUCCUGCUGUUCAGGAGUCCUGAACAAUGCCCAAGUGUGGUAUCGUUAUUGGCCGAAAGUUACAACCCUCACGUCCGGUACGGUGCUGCUAUGGCACUGGGUAUCGCAUGUGCAGGAACAGGGUUGAAAGAAGCAAUAAGUCUGCUAGACCCGAUGACUAACGAUCCGGUCAACUUCGUACGUCAAGGUGCACUCAUCGCUUCCGCUAUGAUUCUUAUUCAACAGACUGAGGCCACUUGUCCUAGAGUUAAGGACUUUAGAGCCCUUUAUGCUAAGGUCAUUAUUGACAAACACGAGGAUCACAUGGCUAAAUUUGGAGCCAUUCUUGCUCAGGGUAUUAUUGACGCAGGUGGACGUAACGUAACUGUUUCGCUCCAGUCCCGCACAGGUCAUACGAACAUGUUAGCAGUCGUCGGUGCUCUCGUAUUUACUCAGUAUUGGUACUGGUAUCCAUUGGCACAUUGUUUGGCAUUAGCUUUCACUCCAACGUGUUUGAUCGCUUUGAACGCUCAGUUGAAGAUGCCGAAGCUCGAAUUGAAAUCAAAUGCUAAACCAAGCACGUAUGCGUACCCAGCACCUCUUGAAGAGAAGAAACGCGAGGAACGCGAAAAGGUGACCACCGCAGUUCUCAGCAUAGCUGCAAGAGCUAGGAGGCGAGAGUCCGAACGCCGUGCUCGCGAUUCUCACGAGAAAAUGGAUGUGGACCCACCUACUGCUUCGGAAAGCAAAGAUACUGUGGAAGUUAAAGAUGAAAAGAAGCCGAAAGAGAAAGAUGAGAAAGACAGCAAGGACAAGAAAAAGGAAGAUGGUGCUGACAAAAAUGAAAAAGAGAAGGAAAGAGAGAAGAAGGAGGUAGAGCCUAGUUAUGAGAUUCUUCAAAAUCCGGCACGAGUUUUACGACAGCAACUGAAAGUCCUUACGCUGGUUGAAGACAGUGUUUAUAAACCAGUGAAAGAUUUACAAAUUGGCGGUAUUGUCAUGGUCAAGCAUGCUCAAGCUGACAAGGAGGAAGAGUUGGUUGAACCAGUGGCCGCUUUUGGUCCUAAACCUGAUGAAGAAAAGGAAACUGAAGCUCCGGAGCCAUUUGAAUUUAACGAGGAAUAAAAACUCGUACUUUCUAGGCUAUAAACAUCUACAAUAUCAUUGUUUAUUUUAUACUGUAAAAUUUAUUCAACGCACUAUACAAUAAUGAAUAAAUCGAUUUGCAAUGCGAUCUUCUA